UCCCUAUUUCAUCGAGAAACAGAGAUGUCUAUCUAGUGUUUCCUUAUUUUUCUGCAGGAAGGCACUCGACUUGUUGACUUCCUCUCCCCUCCCUUCCUUCCUUCUCUCCGAAGGUACUCAUCUGAAAAAAUGGGAACAAAGUGAUUGUUCCUGUUCUCUUUCUUAAGUCCCUCCAAAAAAGCUCAUCUGUGGAAGGGCCACGCAUUGUCAGGAGGGAGCAGAGAGGGAGAACGGCCGCACAGAGCCACGGCAUCACAGCAAAACAACUCUUGGCCAGGGUCAAGAUGGAAGCAGUCCGUUUCCCACCAUCAACAAGUCCUCAAUUCAGAGAGGACGCUCGUCACCCAGAUCAGCACAGGUUCUACGUGAGACCCCCUCCCAUCAUUAUUAAAGCCCCUAAUUGUUCCCCCUCAAGAUAUCUCACUGGAGACAGCAGAAGCCCACUGCCGUGUUCGCCUGACUUCUUUUCCACGCUGAGCCCAAGUCAUACCCACAGAGAAGGCUCGCAAAAACGCAAAAGGACUCCAUUCAAAAUGGACGCCGACGCGUGUGAAAGCGGCGAAGAGGAGGAAAGCAGCAUGGCCAACACAGUCAACCUCUCCCACCUCUCUUUCCCGUCUCAUUCCGUCCCCGCCGCACCCACUGCGGCCGGAAUGAUCGAGCUGAGCAGGCUCCAUCUUCACCGCAGGACCGCCGCCAUUGACGCCCCGGUUCAGGUGAAACGGGAGCCUUUCAGUCCCCCUCCCAUGUGGCCCCCGCCUCCUUUCCUCAUCCACUCGUCGUACUUCCCACCUCUCCACCACAGCCUCAUCCCGUAUCCCUUCUUCAUGCCCGGCCCUGUAAUGCCCUUCCCGCCCAGGGAGGACAUCAGGUCAGCGCAGCGUCUUCGCGAAGCGCCCCCUCAAGGCAGGCCGAGCGGCGGCGACAAACCCGCGUUUGACGUCCACGUGGACGACAGCUACCACGUUGACGUGGGCGGCGAGCAUAAGCGAUGGAAGUGCCGCAUGUGCGAUAAGUCGUACACGUCCAAGUACAACCUGAUCACGCACAUCCUGGGCCACAAGGGCAUCAAGCCCCACGGGUGUCACCUGUGCGGGAAGCUCUUCAAGCAGCUGAGCCACCUGCACACGCACCUGCUCACCCACCGGGGCAUGAGGCCGCACAAAUGUCAGGUGUGCCACAAGGCCUUCACCCAAACCAGCCACCUGAAGAGGCACAUGAUGCAGCACAGUGACGUCAAGCCUUACAGCUGCAGCGUGUGCGGCCGAGGCUUCGCCUACCCGAGUGAGCUUCGCGCCCACGAGUCGAAGCACGAGAAAGGCCAGGACAACGUGUGCGUCGAGUGUGGUCUGGACUUCCCCACGUUGGCCCAGCUCAAGAGACACUUGACUGCCCACCGCGGCCCCACCAUGUACAGGUGUUCCGAGUGCCAGAAGACGUUCCAGUACCCGAGCCAGCUGCAGAACCACAUGAUGAAGCACAAAGACAUCCGGCCAUACAUCUGCAGCGAAUGCGGGAUGGAGUUCAUCCAGUCGCACCAUCUCAAGCAGCACACGCUCACUCACAAAGGCGUGAAGGAGCACAAGUGUCGCAUCUGCGGCCGCGAGUUUACGCUGCUGGCCAACAUGAAGCGCCACGUGCUGAUCCACACCAACGUGAGGGCCUACCAGUGCCAGAAGUGCUUCAAGAGCUUCGUACAAAAGCAGACGCUCAAGGCCCACAUGAUCGUCCACUCCGACAUCAAGCCUUACAAGUGCAAGCUCUGCGGCAAGGAGUUCAACAGGAUGCACAACCUCAUGGGCCACAUGCACCUGCACUCAGACAGCAAACCCUUCAAGUGCCUCUACUGUCCCAGCAAAUUCACGCUGAAGGGGAAUCUCACCAGACACAUGAAGGUGAAGCAUGGUGUCAUGGACAGAGGACUGGAUGAAAGAUUGUUCCGACAGCGGGGACGCUUCUGCCUUACCUCUCCCAUGAGACUCCUGGGCCAGAUCAACCCAAAAGAGCCAUUUGAUCUUUCCCAGAAGCCCAGAGGCCUGCCGGCUCUUCAUCUUACCCAGUCGGACGGCGAAAGCGUGCCUGGUAGCUCUUGCCAGGAGGAGGAUGAGGAGAGUUUGUACAGACAUAGCCAGUACAGCCCCGACGAGGAUCUACAGGAGCCCUCAGGUGGUGCGGAGGUGAGAGGCCGGGUGUCUCCAGCUCCAGACAGAUGCUUGCAUGCAACAUGGAGACGGCUCGAGUCGGCAUCUCGUUAUGAGGUGGCAGAGAGAAGUCACAGAGAGUCAGGUGACCACGUUGAUGAGUCUGAGAUGGAAGAGGACUAUGACAAUGUGACAAAAAGCAGAUCACACACAGAUAUUGUCAGGGAAUCGACAAGGCUGCCAGACAGGGAAGAAAAAGCAAAGGAGGAUGAAAAAGAAUGAGCAGAGGAUGCAGAUUUUGCAGCUCUCUGGUUACAUUUCACGAUUAACCUAAAAUGCAAUGUAAUCUUUCCAGGUGAACUUCAUUUGAGCUUCUCUUCACUUUUGAAUCCAUUUCUAUUCAAUGCUUACGAAAGAGAUAGAGAGAGACUGGGAGAGUCACAGAAAGGCAUAAAAGUAAUGUUUGUAAAUCUUCAUUCCUCAAAAACCUGUUGCCAAUUUUAUCUUGAGCUCAAUGUUGGUUCUGAAAAAAGGUUGAACAGGACUUGCGCAUUCAAAAUUUGAGUUUUUCGGUUGAUCCUGAAAUAUUCCCUGAAAGCUGAAUAAAAAUAGUUUUUUUUGUGAGUAGAGUAUGUGUGACGAAUGAAGGAAGAUCUGAGCUGACAGUAAAAUGAACAGUAGCAAUGAAAGCUGUGAAGAAUACAUUUUGUGUAUAUAUAACGUUUUAGAUUUGCUCUCAGGUAUUUGCAACGCUAAAACAUUUGACGACAAAAAGUACACGGCUAUUUGGAAAAUGUUGAAUGAAAGCGUAGUUCCUCAAAUAAUGGCCGCUGCACUGAUAAAAUUUGUAUCUCAAAAACACACCUUUUAUGCUUAAAAAAGAAAUCAUUGUUAGUGAGGUAUAGCAGCCAUGACGCAAUAACAGAUUGAUUUAGACGAGACCUUUUUAAAUAAUAUUUAUUUUUGCAACAUUAUUACAAAAAAGUAACAUUUUAUGUAAUAAAUUAAAAAUAUAUAAAAUGCCUUUUGCCACUAUAUGAAGCAUUACAGUAUUUCAAGCAAUAACCUUGCCAAUCACUGUAUAUACGGGAGGAAUGAUUUUGCAUGUGAGCCACUGGAAUCAUUGUGAAAUAAACUGUGAUAUUUUUA